UUCUCAGCGGUGUUGUCCUCAUUGGAAGAACGCCGUGGCGGCCAGUGAGAAGCAGAAGUCGCGCACGCUAUGCGCUCUUCCACUGAUCGUGCUGGCUAAGUGGUAGCAAUGGUUUCUUUUGGAAGGGUUGCGAAACUGCAAGUUAGAAUUCUCCGGAGUGCACUCUCAUACCCUGCAAUAAGAGUAACUUCGUCUCCAAUAUCCCUGAUCCAGUCCAGGCUGUGGCUCCAGUGGGGUCCUCACAGAGCAGCCUUCUGUAGUACUACAGCACCAUCCAAUGACAUUGCAGUCCAGUAUAAGCAUGGCCGUCCAAUGCUGGAAGUUCCUUUGCCCUCCAGAAGGGAGCGCUGUCUCUUUUCCCUGAGGCCCAUGCUUAUGAAUGUCGGUGACUUCAUCCAGGAUAUGCAGACGGAGGAUGCUGGUGUGACGUCUGCUGCUGUUUUCACUACAGAAGGAGAACGAGUGUCCUCCGCCACUUCCAUAGACACCCUGCUACGCAAAGACUUCCGGCUCCGUGUCAAUGAUGUCACAUACCAUGUCCACUCACCAGCCAGAGAGAUGUUGUCCCGAGAAAGUUUGACAGACCUGGAGGACAUCAAGACUGUCAUCCACAUGCUACAUGCAGCCCUGCACCUACCUGGCCAUCACCUGCUGAAGGAGAAGGAACUUCUGGAGAGGCUGGACAGCCUCAAACAAGAUCUCAUCCCCCUGGAGAAGCAGGUCAAAGCCCAGGUUGCCCGCAGGGCGGAGCAGCAGUCCUCCUGGGCAGUGUGGACAGGCUUGGCUCUGCUGUCAGCCCAGGGCGGAGUGUUGGCCUGGUUCACCUGGUGGGUCUACUCCUGGGACAUCAUGGAGCCUGUCACAUACUUCCUCACCUACGCCACCAGCAUCGGGUUCCUCUCCUACUUUGUCCUCACCAAGCAGGACUUUUCUUACCCAGAUGCCAAAGACAGGCAGUUCCUGAGUCAUUUCUACAAAGCAGCCAGGAAAGAGCACUUCGACGUGCAGAAGUACAACGAGCUGAAGGAGGAGGUGGCAGCGGUGGAGGAGGAUCUGAGACGUCUGAGGAAACCAAUCCAGCUGCAGCUGCCUAUCGAACAGAUCCAGCGCAAGGACUGAGGACUUCACACUCACAGAGACAUACUCAGCCUCAUACGGACAGAAACCUGUGCACUCACAGAGGCAUACCAGAAACCUGUGCGCUCACAGAGACAUACUGAGCUUCAUAUGGACAGAGAGACAUACUUGCCCUCAUACGGACAGAAACCUGUCUGUUCACGGAGACAUACACACACACACACACACACGGAUAGAAACCUGCACGCUUACAAACCUAUACAGACAAACAUGCAGAGAUAUACAUACCACCACACAGGCAGACACCCACACAGCCAUGGUGAUAUACACAGCUUUACACAGUCACCCAGAUACUCACAGAGGCAUGGUGAUAAGCACAGCUUCACACAGAAACCUACACUUUCGCAAAUAGCCACAGCCCUAAAGUUAAACACAUGGAAAUGCACUCCACCCAGGACUGUAAGAGACAGUGCUUCCUCCAAAACGUUUUCCUUACAUGUUUUCAUAAUUGUGCCUUUUCUUCCUUUAAUGUUCUGGUAAAUAAUAUUUUAAUAUAUCGUUCCAAAAGCAGCAAAUUACUGGCAUGUUCUUCUGAGACAUUAGGGGGCAGACCAAGCAUCCAUCCAUAAGGAUAUAAAAAAAUGUUCUGUCUCAAUAUGGUACCUCAAUGUCAGGAUGAUCACUCUGACAAAAUGAUGCUCCACGCAUAGGAAGUUUUGGAACACUCAUACUGCUGGGUAUUAAUAAUAACACAAUUACAUAUACAAAUGACAAGGAAAGUAUGUUUUUAAAACAAUUACUUACCUCCAAUUUUUAGGAAAAGACUUUUUGGCUGAUCACCUUUGUACAAACUUUGUUACCAUUUAAUGGUUUUGUGGGAGCUGGAGGAACAGACCGGUUAUUCUUACGUCAAGAUACAUAAUACAACCACAAGGGUGUAGAACAGAUCCAGAUUGUCCUUGAAUGAAAUAAAAUGUAACAUUGGGUCGGGUGUCAAAUGUGGGAUUUAUUCCUUCACUGUAAAUAAGUAUUGCAAAUGCUGUAGCCAAUAUACUGUGCAAUGAUUGAUAAGGUGUUAUAAAACGGGUGUGAAGGUCAUGUUAACAGUCUAUGGACAUGUUGUUACCUAUAUUGAAAGUGAAAAUGAGCGCAUUGUAAAUUAAAAGGCAAGCU